AUGCCGAAGAGUGUUUCUGUGAGACCACCAGCUAAGACCAACUUCGGUCGGGAGGUCGCCAGGAGCUGCAGCCGACGCUUACUACGAACCCUCAUUAGCGAAUGUCAUAUUCGCCUGCGAAAGUACGGCAGGGAAAUCGAAAGGGAGAAAGCAGCAUGUGCAUCAUACCUGGAGGAUCAAACACUGCACAACCUGGAGAGCUGGAUCUCUAUAAAGGGGAACGUAGAGCGAGGGAAGAAGAGGGUCCAACUCCUGAACAAAAUGCGAACCCUACAGCAGGCAGAUGCAGCUAUGUCAGAACCACCAUCCGUCCACAACCUCUCAUCAAAACAGCUGACAGGCGACCAGACUAAAGUGCUUCAGCACGAAUCUGGAUACAACACAGGUGACGCACAGCCACUGGAUUUUGUUGCGGCAUUGGAAGCGACACUCGCAAAGACGGAUACCACAGGAGACUCCAAGAACUCCAUUCGCCAACGAGUCUCAUCCCUCAUCAUAUCCUACAAGCCACGUCGAACCAUCUCCUCGGCCGAAUUAAAGGCCAUUAGGGAAUUAAAGAUGGACAAAGAAAUAGUCAUUGUUCCAGCGGACAAAGGACGGGCAACCGUGAUCUUGGACAGAUCAGAGUACGCCGUAAAAGCCCAGGAACUACUAAACGACAACCAGUCAUACAGAGUCGUCGACUCUGACCCCGUAAAAAAACCCGUAGGCAAAAUCCACAAGGGCUUAAAUCCGAUAAGGACCCAAAAGGCGAUAUCUGAAAACGAUUGGAGACAAAGGAGACCGCAAGAUGCCGCUCUAGUGCGUUUCUACUGUUUGCCAAAAAUCCACAAACCAAAUGUCCCCCUACGACCCAUCGUAGCGCUGAAAGGCACACCUACCUACGGACUGGCUAAAUGGCUUACCAAGCACUUAAAGAAGCUGACGGAAAGCUCCGAACACACAGCCGCCUGCUAA